UUUGCAGUGAGGUCAGCUCCUCCAAGGACUCCUCCCAUCCACCUGACCCGACUUUAUAAAGCAAAGUGCUCCCGUCUUGGCUCCGCACACACACACAAAAACACACACGCACCGGGCGCCGACUUCCUCAAGAGUUUCUCCGGCGUGACGUUGGUGGAAGAGCUCGCAGGAUGUCCGUGGGUUUGGAGUUGCUGGGCAUCUCCCUGUGCAUCCUGGGAUGGAUCAUUGGCAUCGUGGCUUGCGCCCUUCCCAUGUGGAGGGUGACGGCCUUCAUCGGCAGCAACAUCGUGACGGCGCAGAUCAUCUGGGAAGGCCUGUGGAUGACCUGCGUGGUGCAGAGCACGGGCCAGAUGCAGUGUAAGGUCUACGACUCCAUGCUGGCCUUGAGCCAAGACCUCCAGGCCGCCCGCGCCCUCACCGUCAUUUCCAUCCUGCUCGCCAUCAUGGCCGUGUUGAUCGGCAUCACCGGCGCCAAGUGCACCAACUGCAUCGAGGAGGAGGCCUCCAAGGCCAAGGUGAUGAUCGCUUCCGGCAUCUUCUUCAUCGUAUCGGGCGUCAUGCAGCUCAUCCCCGUCUCCUGGACGGCCAACACCAUCAUCCGGGACUUCUACAACCCGCUGCUGACCGAUGCCCAGAGGCGGGAACUGGGCGCCGCGCUCUACAUCGGAUGGGCGGCCGCCGCCCUUCUGAUCCUGGGCGGCGGACUGCUCUGCUGCUCGUGCCCGCCCAGCGAGGCCCGCUACAGCAAUUCCCGAAUGGCGUAUUCGGCCACCCGGUCGGCGGGGGGCCAGGCGAUGGAGAGGAAAGACUACGUGUGACCGAGGACGGACGGGGACACCGAGACCGGAAGGCCAUCCCGGCCGGAGGACGAUGAAAAAAAAAUUCAUGUAAUUGUCACGUGAUUUGUAUCCAUUUUUUUUUCCUAACUGUAAGUCUCACGAAUGACUUGCUUAAUACUCACUAAUGACUGAUGUUUCACAAAGUCUUCUGAGCCAAGGCUCAUAUUUUAGAAAAAUCUCGCCAACAUUGAGGUGGAAUUAAAAGAAAUUGAAUCUGAGCAAGAAGUAGAUUUACUUACAUAAAGCAGGGACGGAACGAGUUAAAAAAUAAUAAUAAAUUAUUGACAUUUAUAGCGACAUUGUUUAGCGGAGGAAGCAAGUCUGCCAAUUUAAAACUUUUAGCAAAAUUUGUUGUUUUGAAAAAUUUUCACUAUGAUGGAUGACUAUGUCAUUGUUUUGUAUUUGUCGCUGAAAUCUAACAUUCAGUUUUGUAAGCAUCAAUUUUGAGUUCUCAGAGAACUGGCACGUGUAUUUUUGUUUUGUGUUAUUUUGAGCCUGCCAUCAAUUUUGAAUCUCUACUAACCUAACAAAUAUGUUUUGUAAACUUUGAGGACAACUUGGUGACUUUAGUACAUUGUUUCACAACUUUUACUGAGCCGAGGCGUAAAUUUUACAUUUAGAAAAAAAUUCUCUCGGCGCAUUUCCAAACGAAAAUAUCACCAAAAUAAGGAUUCAGAUGGUUCAUCGUACCUUCUGCCAAGUAGUGGAGGAGUAUUUCAUCGUUCUGCCUGUCACUAUACAUCGCCGACAAAGAUAGCUGGGCAAACGGCACAGAAUAUUGCUCAAUAUUGUGAUCCAGACACCCUAAAUUUCCCGCAAUGUGUUCCAAGAUAACUUGAAAUAAUUCAGCGGGGUUAUCAGCAAGCAUAUAUUUAAUAAACAACGAUAAGAGCGUGAUUAAUCGAAUCACGUGACACGUAUACUGUGACGUCAAUACUACGAACGUUGUUCAACAUGCAACUUUUCUGUGCUUGUAUCUUCUGACAAUAAACACUCUCAUGUUUGAAUUAA